GGAAACAUAUUUUUAUUGCGUGAAAUGGCGUCUGUUACGGGUCGCAACUUGACAAUCUGCAUCGUUGCCCUCAUCAACUUCGUGUUCGUUUUCGGAACUGGGGCCGAAUUUGUCCGGUUCAUCUCCUUCAGAGCAAUUUACCACAACAUCACGGGAGGGCCACCGCUAUGUCGGGAUUCGGUGUCGUGGUCCGAGGCCCUGCGUGACAGCUCUGUGCUGCGUGCGGCGGGGGUGGACCUGGCGCUGCUGGCUCUGUUUGCAUGCCAGCACAGCCUCCUCGCCUGGGACCCGGUCAAGCGGGCGUGCCAGUCUGUCCUCGGGGUCCUGAACCGGGCUUUCUACUGCUCAUCCACGGCCCUGGCGCUCCAGGUUCUCAUGCGUUGCUGGCAGCCGGUGACCAGCGCCCCCUGCCUGUGGACCGUGAGCAGCGCGCCCUGGAACACCUGGUUCCCCCUGCUGUGCUUCACGCUGCACUUCCUGUGCUGGGCCAUCAUCUGCAGCAUCCUGCUCAUUUUCGACUAUCCGGAGCUGCUGGGCAUCAAACAGGUGUAUUACGAGUGUCUGGGUUUGGGGGACCCCCUGUCGCUGAAGUCGCCCCGAGCCCAGCGGCUGUUUGCUCACCUGCGCCACCCGGUGUGCCUGGAGCUGUGCGUGGUCCUGUGGCUCCUCCCCACGCUGCCCCUGGACCGCCUGCUCCUGGCCGGGGGACUGACGGCCUACCUGGCCCUGGCGCACUCCCUGGAUAAGCAGGACUGCCAGUACCUCAGCAUCCAGCUGUCCAGCAAGCUGCAGCUCUUCAGCUCGCCACCAGAGGGCAGCGCCGAGGUCAACGGUAACAAGCAAGACUGAAGAACAAAAAGCGCUUCCUAUGCCACGCCCCAGAAUGGACUUCCUUGCUUCCUGCUUUCCAUAAAGAACAAACUUUAAGACUUAUUGCAGCUAUAAAGUUAUUUACCUUUUCAAAUGUUUUUUUUUUUUGCCUUAUUAUGGCUUCCACUCCAUAUUACGAGAAAUGAGAAGAGAUUGUAAAUUUGCACUGGUGUACCGUCUGCAUGCACACUGAUGGGGGGGGGGGGUGGCUUGGAAGGGAGGAACGUGUGGUUUAGAACCUGACAUUUAGGCCCUGUUCACAUUUGGAUUGGGUAAUGGACCAAUCAAGGUCGGGAGUCUUGCCUGUUUGAUGCAAAUAACAGCCCAUGCCCCCUCUGUCAUGCCAGAUGAGUGAUUCCAGCCACAGUGAUAUUAUUGUUCAUAUGGUUCAUUUUAAUUAUGACCCCAGUUAGCGGCUGUUCUGAGGCCUGCCAAAUGCGAGGCCGGUGAGCAAUGUGGGCUCCUGGUAUCUACACUGCUGGGGCAUAGUAACUCUUGGCCAACAAUAACAUGUAUUUUACCACCAGUGUUUUGCAACUUAAAGUAGUUCAAUGAUUUGUUUUAAGGUUAUUUAUUUUUUAAAGUAAUCUUGAACUUGAUUAGCCAGCAUCGGUGCGGAAAAUUCGACUUCCAUUUAUUUUUGUCAGAUGAAAUUCCUUUGCCUCCAUCUUUGUGUUAUUCUGUCAGUUGUGCGUGAUUGUGUUUUCGGCUUGUGUGGUUCGGAGGGAGCGAAUCGGAGGUGCGACGGAAGGGUGCAUUGGCUCAUCCUGUCUGUCGCAUGCAUUGCUCUCUGUCCUUUCAUUUGGAUGUGACAGAAACACCAGCAUUUUAACCAAAAAAGUGCGAUUAUGAAGAUUGUGCAAUGUCUUAUAAAUAAUUUUUCAAGCGUUAAACAAUCAAGCAGACUGGUUAGCCAGACCAAAAACUUCUUAUCACUAUGCACUUUUAGUGGCGAAUGGUGUGCCUUCUUAAUACCCGGGUUUAAAUCGUGGUUUUACAUGUUUUUUGUGUUGAAACCUUUGAGUUCUUUAAGAAAAAAGUCUUUCCCCCAUCUUCAGCCCUCUCAGGGGCCGAACAGCGGCGCCAUGGAGCGAAACAGAAAGCAGCUGAUUGGCUAAAGUAAAUCUUUUAUACGUGAGUCCGAUUUUGAAAUGCCUAUUUGUAUGCCUUUAAAAAAAAUGCUUCUGGUAAACUUGAAUACGAGGAGUUAAAAUGCAGCUGCACCUUAUUUACACAGGAGCGGGGUGCGAGCUCUUGACUGUGCAGUUUUUACACAGGAGCGGGGUGUGAGUGCUUGACUGUGCAGUUUUUACACAGGAGCGGGGUGUGAGCGCUUGACUGUGCAGUUUCAGGUGUUAGUGUGUUGCAUGUCCUGGGCUGUUACGAAGACUGUUUAAUUGGUAGCGACACUGAAAUAUAGUUUGUUUGAACUGCCACAUAGCAUAUGUAUUUUUAUUGUAAGAAAAUAUGCCUUUUCUAAAUACACAAGCGAGCUUAAUA